AUGCGUUCGAAUUCAGAAUCGUUUGAAGUUUACGGACGCGUGUACAGCCCAUACAAUGAAUUGCGAGAGCUAGCCGAUGAAUCAAGCCGGUAUUUCUAUCCUACCGGUAAAAUUCCGUACCAAUUCAUCGACCUCGUAUUGUUGAAGUGCUUAAUUGGCACUAAGGCGGUUUCGAACCUACCGAUCGAUCGUGCACUCACCGCAGAACCUGAUACUGACUGCGAUACACCUACCCUCGGCCCUGAGAAGUAG